AUUUUUUUUUGUGUGUGUGGGUCCCCCUCAUCCCUCCAGAAGUCGGCAGGAUGUCUUGCUUGACCGACAGCUGCAUCCAGUUCACGCGUCACGCCAGCGACGUCUUGCUCAAUCUGAACCGCCUCCGCAGCCGGGACAUCCUCACCGACGUUACCAUCCUGGUCAGCAGGCAGCAGUUCCGGGCACACAAGACCGUCCUCAUGGCUUGCAGCGGGCUCUUCUACACCAUCUUCACUGACUCGCACAAGUGCAACCUCAACGCCAUCAGCCUGGACCCCAAGGUGGACCCGGAGGGCUUUGCCAUCCUGCUGGAGUUCAUGUACACCUCCAGGCUGGCUCUCAGGGAGAGUCUGAUCAUGGCCAUUAUGAACACUGCCGUCUACCUGCAGAUGGACCACGUGGUGGACACCUGCCACCGCUUCAUCAAGUCCAGGUUGGUCACGCGAUCGCUGCGAGAAGGGGCUCUGAUUCAGUUCCG